GAAACAGACUGAAGGGUGCUGACAACUUCUGUGGGACUAUCUUCACCAAACAUUUCCUUUUUUUUUCAUCAAAAGAAGAAAAAAGAGAAGAGACAACAUGGAGAUCGAACCAACUGAAAGUCCUUAUGAGUACUACGACUACGAGGAGACAGAAAACUCCACUAUGUGUGACUAUUCUGAGUGGUCACCAUCGUACUCUGUCAUCCCGGUGCUGUACAUGCUCAUUUUCAUCCUCGGCCUCUCUGGAAACGGGGUGGUCAUCUUCACUGUUUGGAGAGCCCAGGGAAAGCGGCGAGCAGCAGACGUCUACAUCGGUAACCUGGCCCUGGCUGACCUCACCUUUGUGGUCACUCUGCCGUUGUGGGCUGUCUACACUGCCAUGGGCUACCACUGGCCCUUUGGAGUGGCCCUGUGCAAGAUCAGCAGCUACGUGGUUCUGCUCAACAUGUACGCCAGCGUCUUCUGUCUCACUUGCAUGAGCUUUGACCGCUACCUGGCGAUCGUUCACUCAUUAUCCAGCACCCAGCUACGCACCCGUGGCCACACAAGAGCCUGUCUGACAGCAAUCUGGCUGCUGUCUUGUCUCCUGGCGGCUCCAACUCUGAUCUUCCGCACAACAAAGUAUGAUCUGACCAGCAACCGCACAUCCUGCGCUAUGGACUUCAGCCUGGUGCUGACCAACAAAGACCAAGAGAGCCUAUGGAUCGCCGGUCUCAGCAUCUCCUCCUCAGCCCUGGGUUUUCUUCUACCUUUCUUGGCGAUGAUGGUGUGCUACGGAUUCAUCGGCUGCACUGUCACACGCCACUUCAACACCCUGCGCAAAGAGGACCAGCGGAAAAGAAGGCUGCUGAAGAUCAUCACCACGCUGGUGGUGGUGUUUGCCGCCUGCUGGAUGCCCUUCCACAUUGUGAAGAGUGCUGAUGCCCUGUCCUACCUGGACCUGUUUCCAGCCACCUGUUCCUUCCUGCGCUUUCUUCUCCUGGCUCAUCCAUACGCCACUUGCCUUGCUUAUGUCAACAGCUGCCUCAACCCAUUUCUUUACGCCUUUUUCGACCUGCGCUUCAGAUCCCAGUGUCUGUGCCUACUCCACCUCAAGAAGUCCUUGCAUGCGAGCCCCGCCAGCUCUCUGUCUUCUCAGAAGACAGAGGCUCAGUCUCUGGCCACAAAGGUGUGACGACAACUGUGGGCCAAAUCUGGGAGAAAACACUGAACAUUGCAGAACAUUGCAGGUAAUUCAAAACUUGACAGCGCUUGCUUGGUGCUUGCCUUAAGAACAUCUGCAGUUUGACCACAGGUGACACUUUGUUCCUCUCAGACUCUGCGGACUGUUGUGGGCAACAGUUGGGCAUGAAGUUUCGGGGUCUAGCCAUACACAGACUCCCGCCAAACUUUCAGAAAUACGGCAGCAAAACUUGACCUCCUAACACAAGGGACCAAGCAGUGCCAGGCUUGGCAAUAUUUGGAAUAAAUGGAAUGUAUCGUCGAAGGACCACAUGCUCUUGUGUCUCUCCUGUGGAUUCAUAGCAACAGACUGAGCUUUGAACUCUGCCCUUGAGUCCUAAUGAAUUGUCUUACUCAUGCAUUUACCCCUGCUGUUUUGUUGUCAUUUGUAAGCACUUGAAGUGUGAUCUUUACCAAUGUACCCCACCCUCCAGCUCAGCCGGUAGAAUCAAAGGCAGCAGUGAUAUGUGUGUGUAUGUAUAAGAAGGGUAUGCCAGUCAGUAAGAGGUGUUGGAGUCUGAUAAGAGUGUCGUAAGGAGAGACGGAGAUAGUGGGUGGGGGUAGAGUAAAAGAGGGGGGUCCAGACAGACAGACAGAUGGCAGCUGACAAAUGUUUUCAGGCUGGUAGAGUGCCCAAUUAAAAGGUGACUGUUUUGACAGUCUGCCUGUGCGUGUGUGUGCGUGUGUGUGUGUGUGUAAAGACAUGAAUGUGCUUGUGUUUGUCGAUUGUCUGAAUGAUUGGAUGAUGAAUUUGUUUCUGACAGAUACAUGAAAGCAUUUUGUGAAUACACACUAUUUUGAAUCCGUGUUUAUGAUUUGUAAUAAAAUGGUGCUCUGACUAAAAAAAGAAAACACACAAACA